UGAGAGCAAGCGAUUUUUAUGACCCUGGCAGCGUAGAGUUUAUAGCACUCGCCAUAAAAUGCAUCCUCCUCCCCACAUCCUCCCUGCUAAAGCAUUGCCCUCCCUCCAAUAAAGGCAGUCAAGGAGGUACCACCUUCAGCCCUCUUAUUAGGAGCCAUGGAGUCUGCGGCUCUCGCCCUGCCUGGCUUCCUACCUGGGCGAGGGAGGAGAGGCUGACGCCUUCCAGAGAAAGGAUCUUGUUAAACUUUCAAGGGAGGGCAACGGGAGAGAGGAGAAAGGAAGGAAAGAAAGACAGGAGGAGAGAGAAACAAAUGGGGCUUUUUCUAAUCUGUGCUGAUCAAGGAGAAACCUGUAGGGGUCCUUAAGGAGGUUUCAAGGCGUUUCGAGUGAUUGGAAAGUAAUCACCGUGUCAGCUUCACCUUUCUCAUGCAAAGUGGAUGUCGUAUGCAAGGCGGAUCCUGCACAGGUUUUUAUUUUUUUUUUAUUUUUUUGUUGUAUUUUAUUUUCUCCUCGGAGUCAGCCGCCCCCGGAGCCCCAGCUGCUCGGCCCGGAGUUCCCAACGAAGGGGAGGGGGGAGCAGGCAGCGCUCGGCUCAGCUCGGCACGGAGCGGGCCGACCAGCAGCAGCCAGGGAGCGCCGAGGGGGGAGAUCUUCCAGACCCCCCUCUUCAGUGGCUUAGAUAUUGCCUCCUCCUCCUUUAUUCUACACUCGGAUAAACCAAUCCCCACCUCUCAGCGAGAAAGUCCGGAGCCGUGACCCCACUCUAGGAAGAGGAAAAUCCCCGGAGGAGCUUGCUGCACUAAAAGCCGCCCGGGACAUGUGCGAGUGGAAGAGGUGAUCGCUCGGAUCUGCUCUGAUCGUUCUGCUUUCGCUUCGAAAGAGGAGGAGGAGGAGCAGGAAGGGUGCUGGAAGGACGGCGAGAAGAAAGUUGCCGGGCUCUCCGCAGUAAGUUCGGCUCAUCUGUGAGUUGGGGGCACUUCUUCCUUCCUUGGUUUGUUCGCGAACUUCCCCGCUCGCCUCCCCGCUCCGUCGGUGGGGACGGGACCGAGCGGCCCGGGCGAUGCUGACCUGAGCCCCGCCGUGCCGUCCGUCCGCGCUGCCUCGCCGGGGCCGGACGCGAUGCAGCCCCCACCGCAGUGACCCACCGCACUGACCCCCGGCCGCCAUGGGGCCAACCGCAGGGAACCUGGUGCGGGCCGUCCUGGUGCUUUGCUGGCUCGCUGAGCGAUGUGCAGGGAUAAGCUCCAUAGACAUUGAACGCCCCGGCGACGGGAGGUGCCAGCCGAUCGAAAUCCCCAUGUGCAAGGAUAUAGGGUACAACAUGACGAGGAUGCCGAACCUGAUGGGACACGAAAACCAAAGGGAAGCAGCCAUUCAGCUACACGAGUUUGCCCCCUUGGUGGAGUACGGUUGCCACAGCCAUCUGAAAUUUUUCCUCUGCUCCCUUUAUGCCCCUAUGUGCACUGAGCAGGUUUCUACACCGAUACCAGCCUGCAGGGUCAUGUGUGAGCAGGCGAGGUUGAAAUGCUCUCCUAUCAUGGAGCAGUUCAACUUCAAGUGGCCGGACUCCUUAGACUGCAGCAAGCUGCCCAACAAGAACGACCCCAAUUACCUGUGCAUGGAGGCCCCCAAUAACGGGUCAGAUGAGCCACCCAGGGGAUCCAGCAUGUUGCCACCCAUGUUCCGGCCACAGAGGCCCAGCAGUGGCCAUGACCUGCAGCAGCACAAGGACAGCCUCAGCAGAACCUCCUGCGAAAAUCCGGGCAAGUUCCACCACGUGGAAAAGAGCGCUUCCUGCGCACCACUCUGCACCCCAGGGGUUGAUGUUUACUGGAGCAAGGAUGACAAACGGUUUGCUGUCAUUUGGAUUGCCAUCUGGUCCAUUCUGUGCUUUUUCUCCAGCGCUUUCACUGUACUCACUUUUCUCAUAGAUCCUCAGCGUUUCAAGUACCCCGAGAGGCCCAUCAUCUUCCUCUCUAUGUGCUACUGUGUCUACUCGGUGGGGUACAUUAUCCGCCUCUUUUCGGGCGCUGAGAGCAUUGCCUGUGACAGGGACAGUGGCCAGCUCUAUGUCAUCCAGGAGGGACUGGAGAGCACUGGCUGCACCAUUGUGUUCCUGGUUCUGUAUUACUUUGGUAUGGCCAGUUCCUUGUGGUGGGUAAUUUUGACUUUAACUUGGUUUCUAGCGGCUGGGAAAAAAUGGGGACACGAAGCAAUUGAAGCAAACAGUAGCUACUUUCAUUUGGCAGCCUGGGCCAUUCCAGCUGUGAAGACCAUAAUGAUCCUAGUUAUGAGAAGGGUGGCUGGAGAUGAGCUUACAGGGUUGUGCUAUGUCGGAAGCAUGGAUGUGAAUGCCUUGACUGGGUUUGUGCUCAUUCCUUUGGCUUGUUAUCUAAUCAUUGGCACUUCUUUCAUUCUUUCUGGUUUUGUGGCCCUUUUUCAUAUCAGAAGGGUGAUGAAAACGGGUGGAGAAAAUACCGACAAGUUGGAGAAACUCAUGGUCAGGAUUGGUGUCUUCUCAGUCUUGUACACAGUGCCUGCGACUUGUGUCAUAGCUUGCUAUUUUUACGAAAGACUUAAUAUGGAUUAUUGGAAAAUUGUGGCAACUCAACAGAAAUGCAAGAUGAACAAUCAGACUAAAAACUUAGACUGCAUGAUGAAUAAUUCCAUUCCAGCAGUAGAAAUUUUUAUGGUCAAAAUUUUUAUGCUGUUAGUUGUGGGCAUUACUAGUGGGAUGUGGAUCUGGACUUCCAAGACCCUUCAGUCCUGGCAGAACGUUUGUAGUCGAAGAUUAAAGAAGAGAAGUAGGAGAAAACCUGCAAGCGUUAUUACCAGCAGUGGGAUCUACAAAAAACCUCAGCAUCCACAGAAAACUCACCUUGCAAAAUAUGAAUCCACGUUACAACCACCCACCUGCGUAUGAGUAGGCUUUAGAUGAGAUUUACAAAUACAGUAGCAGGCAAAGAGUAAAAUAUAGAUGGUGCUUUUAUUUUUAUUUUGUCAGAGGACACUUUAAUGCCUCAAGGCAAAAUGUUAUACUGAAUUCAGGACCUGGUUAAACACUGAAGAUAGAUGUAAUUGUGGAAAGGUUUUCAGUGAAAGGAAUAUUGUGAACUAAAACAGCCUCUUCUGUUACUAAUUUUUAUUUAUGUUCUUCAUCCGGCCCUCAGAUAGUUAAAGAAAAACAGACAAAAAGCAACAACAACAACAAAAUGUUUAACUUUUUAAUGUAGCUGAGCUGGAUUUCCUACAGGUUUCUGAGUCAGUUUUAUGGAGCAGUGAUUUUCUUUUAGAAGCACCCAAGUGAGCAUUGUCUCCUAAGGAAAGGGAGGUCCCCGAGAGGUUUUUCCUCACUGAGUAUGUUGGUGUCUGAAAGCAACUUCCGUGCUAACUCUGAGAGAGAGAAAUCCUUCACGACUCAUCUCAGCCCAUUGGGUUUGGGGUGCCUAAAAAUAGGUUCAAUCUAUAAUGCUCACCAAUAUUCUUUCACUAGAAGAGAAACUUCCUGCACCAGACACAAACUUUGUGAAUAAGAAUAAUGUGCAAUACAUUUUUUUUUUCCUUACCAUGACAUGAAAAGAGAAACAAGUAUUUUGCUGUACAUAAAGACAACAAAAGAAAUCUCUUAACAAAAGAACUAAGAGGUCUAGUCCUCAGAAACCCUUUAGUGUUACAUUUUGUGGCUUUUUAAUGGAAAUCAAGCCAAUGUUAUACACGUUUGGACUGAUUUGUGGA